AGUGUCCGGACUGGAAGGGGGGGAAAGUGUCCGGACUGGAAGGGGGGGGAAAGUGUCCGGACUGGAAGGGGGGUGAAAGUGUCCGGACUGGAAGGGGGUGUGAAAGUGUGUCCCAGGACUGGAAAGGGGGUGAAAGUGUCCGGACUGGAAAAGGGGGAGGGGGAAGGUGUCCGGACUGGAAGGGGGGAAAGUGUCCGGACUGGAAGGGGUGGUGAAAGUGUCCGGACUGGAAGGGGGAAAGUGUCCCGGACUGGAAGAAGGGGGAUGAAAGUGUCCGGACUGGAAGGGGGUGAAAGAGUGUCCGGAAGUGUGUCCCGACUGGAAGGGGGUGAAAGUGUCCAGAACUGGAAGGGGGUGAAAGUGUGUCGGACUGGAAGGGGGUGAAAGUGUCCGGACUGGAAGGGGGGGAAAGUGUCCGACUGGAAGGGGGGAAAGUGUCCGGACUGAAGUGCUGAAAAUUGGCCUGGACAGGAAGGGGGUAAAAGUGUCCGGACUGGAAGUGGUUAA